AUGACGCGCCGAACACAAGCACAACACCCCACCACCAAAGACGUGACCCCCCAGCGGGCAAGACACCUCGAGCGCAAUCGAGUCGCAGCCAACAAAUGCCGCCUCAAGAAGAAGCAAGAACACCAGCAAAUCCAGCGCCGCCUCAGCGACGAAACCGAGAAACACGAUCUCCUCGUCGCACAGAUCCACGGGCUCCGCGAAGAAAUGUGGGAACUCAAGAACCGAAUGUUCCAGCAUGUUGGCUGUGAAGAUACACACAUCAACCACCAGCUGCAGACCAUGACCCAGAAUGCUUUAUUGGGGAGUAAUUCUUCUCUGGGUCGGCGCCCUUCAUCGACCUUCUCGGUUGGGACGGCGUGGUCGGAUGAGUCGCCGGUUGAGCCACCGGUUGAACAUGACAAUCUUUCAAUUGGGGAUGUCGCGGCUGAUCUGGAUGCUUCUACAUUAUUGACGGGGUACCUGGAUGAGUCGCUUGACGAUACACUUCCUGACUUGAUGUUUGACGAGUUGAUUGAUCCGCAAAGCCUACAAGCUCUGCCGUGA